AUGAAGCUCACUUGUACGAGCUGUGGACGCAAAGGACAUCUUGCGACAAACUGCUUCCGCACCUUAGGCUACCCUGAGUGGUGGGGAGACAGACCUCGUGGUCGCUUAUCACCUGGUAAUGGGCGUGGCGGUGGAUCUUCUACUGCUGCUUCACGUUCGUCAUCUAUAGAUCUUGCCAGGGCAAAUACGGUUACCUUAGCCCCCCAGCAACAACAACACUCGGCUAACAUGAUAACGUCGGCUGAUCGUGUUGGAUUUACGGGUCUAAAUGAUGAACAAUGGAAGACUCUCGUCACCAUGUUAAAUGAACGUAAGACACCAACCAACACACUAAGCGGUAUGUCUUCUAACUUCUCUUGGAUUCUGGACUCAGGGGCAGCGAAUCACAUGACUGGUUCUAUAGCCUCUCUUACUGAUAUACGAGAUACAGUCUCAUUACCUGUGAAAUUACCUGAUGGACGAAUCACUCUUGCUACAAGAACAGGAACUGCGAUUUUGAGUUCUAUUCUUACGGUUCAGAAUGUUCUAUUUGUUGAUGGGCUUCAGUGCCAUUUGAUCUCUGUAUCACAGUUAGCUCGUCAGAAAACUUGUAUCUUUCAGAUUACUGAUAAACUUGGACUGAUUCAGGACCGCAUUACCAAGACGCUGAUUGGAGUGGCUGAGCAGUUGAAUGGACUAUACUUCGUAAGAGGGAUGGAGUUUCCUGAAGCGGUUCAUCAAGACAAACCUGUCACGUCUGAUGUUCUUCACAAUCGCUUAGGACAUCCCUCUCAUAGAGUUUUGGAUUUUUUACCUAUUUCAGUAACUUAUGAUAGUAGUUCUCGAAAUAAGUUUAAUGCCAAAGUUCUGAAGAUUCGUUCAGAUAAUGGAACAGAGUUUAUGUGUAUGUCAUCUUACUUUCGAGAACAAGGCAUUCUUCCUGGGACUUCAUGUGUGGGAACACCACAACAGAAUGGACAGGUUGAAUGCAAACAUCGUCACAUCUUGAAUGUUGCUCGAGCACUUCGUUUUCAAGCUUCGUUACCUAUUGAAUUCUGGGGUGAAUGCAUCUUGACCGCAGCAUAUCUAAUUAACCGUACUCCCACACCUCUACUCGAUGGUCAGACACCUUUUGAAAGACUUUAUAAACAACCUCCACCACUUGCUCAUCUUCGUACUUUUGGAUGCUUGUGUUAUGCGCAUAAUCAAAAUCACAAGGGAGAUAAGUUUGCAUCGCGCAGCAUCAAGGGUGUUUUCAUCGGAUAUCCAUACGGUAAGAAUGGUUGGCGUGUUCUAAACCCUCUAACUGGAAAUAUUUUUGCAAGUCGAGAUGUUUUUUUCUGCGAGUCACAGUUUCCUUACUCCAUUGCGCCUCCAACUGAGUCAUCUCCUUCUCCUCCGCUGAUUACAAAAAUUGCGUUACCUGAAGAAGAAGUAACAGUGCCCCUUGCUCCUGUUUUGCAAGUGUCAUCUGAUACUGCUCUCACCGAUCAGGAAUUACCUACUCUGAGUACUGAUGAUACACAAGUUUCUUCGGACAUUGAAACUGAAACGGUUACAUGUCCCACCGAAGCUCCUUAUGCACUUGAAUUCUACGUUAAUUGCUCAAAGUUUUCUGAACGUCAUCAACACUUUCUUGCCGCUAUCUCCUCAUUAAAAGAGCCCACGUCUUAUCGCCAAGCUAUACUAGAUGAGAUCUGGCAUAACUCAAUUCAAGAUGAGUAUGUGGCUCUCGUUGAUAAUGGCACUUGGGACGUCGUUUAUUUACCUCCUGAUAAACAUGCUCUCGCAUCUUCUCGUAACUGGAAGGUUCAUCAAAUGGACGUUCAUAAUGCGUUUCUUCACGGUGAUUUGAAGGAGGAAGUUUAUAUGCGUCCACCUCCAGGGUUCAAGGGUUCUGAUAAAAACAAGGAUCUCGGCAUCUCCAAAUACUUCCUCGGCUUGGAACUUGCUCGCAGUCCUCUUGGAAUCUAUCUUCGUCAAAGAAAAUAUGCUCUUGGCAUCAUCGAAGAAACUGGUCUCUUGGCCGCUAAACCAGCAGCUUUCCCGGGCAAUCCAGGCCAGGGUAUUCUUCUUCGUGCUCAUACCAAGCUCAAGCUCUCUGUUUGGUGUGACUCUGAUUGGUCAGGUUGCCGCAUUUCUCAACGAUCUCUUACUGGAUGGUUUAUCACUCUUGGUGGUUCUCCUAUCUCUUGGAAAACACAGAAACAAGACUGUGUGUCACGCUCGAGCUGUGAAGCUGAAUAUCGCGUGAUGUCGUCUACCGUUCAGGAGGUUCUUUGGAUUCAUAACCUUCUUCGCACGUUCGGUAUUAACUUUACUUCUCCGAUUCCAUUACAUUGUGAUAGUAAGUUUGCGAUCUACUUGGCUGCUAACCCGGUCUUUCAUGAACGUACGAAGCAUGUCGAGAAUGAUUGUCAUUUUAUACGGGAUGAAAUAGUCAAAGGUGUUAUUGCAACCAAACACGUUUCUACUCAUUCUCAACUUGCGGACAUUUUCACUAAGCCCCUUGGCCGUAAAGGAUUUGAUGAGUUUCUUCCCAAGUUGGGAGUGUUGACAUGA